GACGGUGAGAUUUGCGUUCGCUGAUAAUUCCCUGGCCUCGGACUUCUCCUUUAUCGACAAGACGAACACAUCGGUAAACAUUCUAUUUGAUUUUCCCUACUUUCUUUGACUUUUUGGACUUCUAGAUGCGCCUUUUUAACCGAUGACUUGAUUGAACGCCAGAGACUGGAAACCCCCCUGGCUCACAUCUUAAAACGAGGAACUAUUAUGAGGAAACCUUUGGGGACUCCAGACCCUGUCAGGUACCGAGGCGCCUGCAGUUUUAUUUAAAAAGCAAACAGCUGCACCAUGUGCACAGGGCCCUAGGCCUGAAGCCACGACUGUUGGAGUCACACAAGCUCUCCCCUCUUCUCCAUCAUGGUUCUUCGCCCCCGCACAGACAUGGGCCAGUGUGAGGCUCACUGGGACCCCCGGAAUACAAGAAGUCAUCGGCUUCACAUGCGCAGAAAAUUCCGGCCGUCUCGCAUCAUGGGAUUCGUCCUGGUUUUGGUGGCGCUGUGUGUGCUCUUCUCUUGGAGUGCCUUGAAGUGGACGGUAGUGCCCGCUUACCAGAGCUGGUUUUUUGGUUCCUCUUCGUCCUCCUCUUCCUCCUCCUCGUCUGAUGCCAGCCUGUUGUUGGAGACGGCGCCACACAGAACCCUGCUCUCCAGCGAUAAGCACGCCAACGCCACUGCCUCCCCUGACGACCAUCCCAUUGCCAUGCGGUCAUCAGAGGAAGGUGGGGACUACCCCACGGACUUGUUCUCCCUGGAGGAGAGGAGGCAAGGCUGGGUGGCGCUGCAUAUGUUUGGGAUGUUGUACAUGUUCAUCGCCUUAGCUAUCGUGUGCGACGAGUUUUUCGUGCCAGCGCUGACUGUCAUCACGGAGAAGCUGGAGAUCUCCGACGAUGUGGCCGGGGCCACCUUCAUGGCGGCCGGUGGGUCCGCUCCAGAGCUAUUCACCUCCGUCAUCGGGGUCUUUGUCUCUCACAGCAACGUGGGCAUUGGCACCAUUGUGGGCUCGGCCGUAUUUAACAUCCUGUUUGUCAUUGGGAUGUGUGCAAUCUUCUCCCGGGAGAUCCUCAACCUCACAUGGUGGCCCCUUUUCCGGGAUGUGUCCUUUUACAUCAUAGGCCUGUUGAUGCUCAUUGUGUUCUUCCUGGAUAACUACAUCACCUAUUAUGAAAGUAUCGGCCUCCUUUCGUGCUACAUUUCCUAUGUGACCUUUAUGAAGUUCAAUGCUUCGGUCGAAGUUAAGGUCAAGAGCUUAUUGGGCCAGAACCAGGUGGAUGAGCUGGACUCUGCUCCCAAGUUGGAGUCCGAUUCAUUACUUUCUGAUGCUAUAUGCAAUCCGUCAUACGGAGCACAGGCUCCAGAACCCGAGCCUGAUGAGCACAAGUUAUCGGCUAAGCCUCGCCUGCAGAGAGGAGGAAGCUCAGCAUCACUACACAACACCCUGAUGAGGCACAGCAUCUUUCAGCUCAUGAUCCACACGCUGGACCCACUCAGUGAAGACACUGAUUAUUCUACUUUUUCAGGGAGAUUCAAAGAGAAAGUUGUUCAAAUGCGUAACAUUGCAAAGAGGAAAGGCGAGGACGAAAUCAAUGGGGACAAAAAUCUCCCUAACAGCUCGAAUGUUGCAGUGGAGGUCACACCACCCAUGAAUGGCAGCGCUGUUGGAGGGGAGGAAGAAGAGGAAGAUGAGGAUAAGCCCCUCAGUUUGGCAUGGCCAGAUACCAACCGCAAGAGACUGACAUACCUCCUCAUCUUUCCUAUUGUCUUCCCUCUGUGGCUCACCUUGCCGGAUGUCAGGAAAGAUUCUGCAAAGCCGUUCUUCCCUAUCACCUUCCUUGGGUCCAUCAGUUGGAUCGCAGCAUUCUCCUAUCUGAUGGUGUGGUGGGCUCACCAGGUUGGAGAGACCUUUUGGAUUACAGAAGAGAUAAUGGGAUUGACUAUAUUAGCCGCUGGUACCUCAAUCCCUGACCUAAUCACCAGUGUCAUAGUGGCUCGCAAAGGUCUUGGAGACAUGGCUGUGUCAAGCUCUGUAGGGUCCAACAUAUUUGACAUCACCGUUGGGUUGCCAUUUCCCUGGUUGCUGUAUUCGUUUGCGAACAACAUGGCACCAGUGUCAGUAAGCAGUGCUGGGCUUUUCUGUGCCAUUGUCCUGCUCUUCCUCAUGCUGCUGUUUGUCAUCAUCUCCAUCGCCGCCUGCAAGUGGAGGAUGAGCAAGCUGCUCGGUAUGCUCAUGUUCCUGCUCUACUUCGUCUUCCUCAUUGUGUCCGUCAUGCUGGAGGACAAAGUCAUCAGCUGUCCCGUGUCCAUCUGAGCAUGAGACCGCUGGCCUCCCCAAGCCUGACCAACCAUGAGACUUCACAAUACUCGCGCAGUGUUCACACAAAUGCAUGUGUGGACACCCAACAUCUGCACUGUGGACGCCACUGCUGAGGUCUUCUAUUCUUUUGUACUAAAACUCAAAGACACCACUCUCCUCUUCCACACCCCCUAACAUGGGGUCAGGUCAUCUGGACACCAAGAGCAGACACCAAGCCUAAAUAUAACAUCAGAAUAAAACUACACAGCUAUGGGGUACCUAUAAAUGCCCAUAAUAUAGUAUUGCAUCAAGUGAUACUGGUGGAAUUAUGUCUUCAAAAGAUUUACACGAAAGCAAAAAAAAGAGACUGCUGACUGUGUUUUCCCACCUGAGGACACACUAUGAGAGCAGCAAUGGCAAACCAGCUGUCAGUCCAAAAUGCUGCUUCUGCUGCUGAGGCUGUGAUCUGGGACAAGAGCACAUGAAGUGACUGAACUAGUGAUACCAAAAGUCUGAAGACAUAACGAUAUGAGGAUACCAUGCUACAGGAGCACAGGAUGGCAAUGCACAAAACACAGGGACAAGCUAUCUAAAGGAGGAGGAACGAGUGUGUCUUUGUCUUAGGAGGCGUAUGGCAUGUCCUCGGAAACUGUAUAUUAGCGCUGACAAUGCCAGUGAAAGGAAUAUAUUUAUCUAUAAAUGUGUAUUUACUGUCAAUUAUAUUUAUAUUUAUAACAAUCCACUUUGAAGUUGGUAUGGUGCACUCCACAGAGGCAUAUGCAAGCCGGAGCCUUCUGUCGCAACAAUGAAUGUAAAAUUUCACACUCAGUUUCCAAAGCUUGCAGAAUGACAGGAUAAAUUUGCUUCAUGUCAUGGUAUGGUGUUGAUCAGUCACUUGUUGAUCACUUGAAUGUAUGUUUGUUGGUUUGCUUGCUUACAUUUAAUUUCUUUGCAUCAACUUUUAUUAUCCAGUAACCAUUGGCCACAAGCCAUAAGAGUAGUACUUGGGUUUGUAGUUCUAUAUCAAAUAAAGCUACCUGUUGGCACAGACUGUGACAAACACACAUACACAUUUACACAACAUGCUCAAAAUGUCAACAAGCACACAGAUGAAAAAAUGGACAUUAUUUCAUAAUAUGGGGUUUUGAUGUAAUAAUAUAUGGCAGUCUAUCCUGUUCACAUUCCCGAUGAAGUUUUAUAUCUGUAGACAAAAAUUAAUGAUCAGCACUGACACAUAUUCCCAAUGGCCGCUCAUAUAUCACUUAUAAUUGUAAAUGUGUAAUUAUGGGGUUUUAGGUUCACAUAUCAAAUGCAUAUGUUUCUUAUAUCACACUGCAAUGAUUUGUGAUUUGUUAAUAAAAAUGUAGGGAGCUCUUUCAGAAUGCACACCUAUGCAUAGAGUAUUUAUUGGUCUCAAGCAGUAUUCUCUAAACACAUCAUCACAGCUUUUACUAGGCACAGGGAUGGACAAGACCAAUUUAUAUGGGAUAUGUUUAAUAUGUAUAAAUUGUCCUAUUCAGGGCAGAUUGUAUGAAAUAUGCUCCGUUUAAAUUGUUCAACGUGUUUGUGUUCAAUUUCUAAGCAGACUAUUUGAACUUGCUACCCAUGAACACAUCCCUUGUUUUUGCAGAUCCUUCUGUAAUCAUUUGAGCUACAACCACCAUUGCAGUCAAAUUCUGAGCGUUUUAUAGAUAAGGGAACAUGUAUUGUAUCCAUUUUGAUUGUACAUAUGACUUGACCAUUAUUGAAAAUAAACUGAAUACUAAAGAGA